AGAGUCAUUGAAGUAUCUACAUAAAAUUUUCAUUAAAUCUGUAUAUUUCCUUUCGCCUGAUGCCUUCUAAAAAAUGAGAAGCCCCUGGACAGGUGCAUUGUUUUGGUGCUCUCCAGAGCGUCAAGGCAACCAACGACACGCACCCUAACCCCAAGCAAAACAGAGACAGAGUAAUAAAACGUCACAUAAAAAUGUUAAAACGAUGAUUGUCCAAACAAACUUUUAAUCGAUAUUCCAAACGAGGAAUGUCAUACGUAAGUGACAGGGUCGACUCGACAGUUAAAAAUGAGUAAUAAUUCGAGUGGAUUGAAGAAAAAGCCAGUGAGGAAGACAUCGAAGGAUAAACAGGAUCCUGAGCCUCGGAAAAAUGCUGUCAGGAAGCCCCAGAUCAAGGGAUCACCCGCUGAUCGCAGUUCUGGGAGAAUCACAUCGACAUCUCGACCCCAGGAGCAAAAACCCAUGAGCAGUAAAAAACCCUUGAAAAAAGCUGACCUUGUGAAUCUCCCCAGUUACCCGAAAUCAGAGGUGAAACGUAGAGAGCCUGAGAAACACAAGAGGCUGUCAUCAAGGGAGCGGAGAAAAUCGCGCACCCUGAGCCCCAGUGAAGUAAAAAUUCUGAAAAAUCUGCCAUCCCCCGAUGACGAGUACUCGGACGACUUCGAGGACUAUGAAUCCGACUUCCAGGAGUGCACAGAGACCUCCAGCAGUGCCUCCGAGGUGAGUGACUCCCAGGACACCGAAGACCUACAGCCAGUGGAGCUGAAGCAGAAGAAUUCAAAAUCCUUGAUUCCCGUGAAACCCCGAGACGAGGAGAUGGACUCCGGUCACUACGAGUUGGAAGAGGCAAGGAGAAGAGCAGCUAGAUUAUCGAGGGGAGAGAAACUCCUGCAGAUGAUUAAACUGGACGUCGUGGAGUGGUCGAUAUUUGAGGCGACUCCCAUCGCUUAUGAGGAGUUUAUUUCUGCCCAUGGAAGAAUAAACACCAGACAAACAGCCACUCAGACACGAGAGGACGAUCUCGACGUGGAGACCCAGACGGAGGAAAUAAAAACGAGGAACAUGUGGACGCAGUUUCCAGUGGUCUGUAGGAGUCAUUUGGAGAGUAAUGAGGAUAUCGAUGAGUUCAAUCGAGAGCUGGUGGGUGUGGGGUGCCAGGAGGAGGAUGUCCAGAGCCAGAGGGCAGUCUACGAUGCCCUGAAGCUGAAUGAGUUCCUGGGAGCUGCUGGGAGGGUGAUGCUGGCGUUGCUGGAGGAGAGGAAAGAGAGGUAUCACCCCGGGGCAGAGGGUGGAAUGGUUUUUAGUGGGGGAAGACUGGAGCUAGACGUCUCCAGGGUGAAUUUUCUCAGUGGGAGGCCUGUGCUGAUGGUCAGAUACUCAGAGGUCAGCAGAAUUUUAUUGAGCAUUCAUGCACCUGGGGGUGAGGACGACGUCCAAACCUCCGAGGAGGAGUUCUAUGGCAUCGAGUGCUGCAUUGGCUGCCUCUGGAACAUCCACGAGCCCUCGAGUCCCAUUAAACUAUUUUAUUCUGGCAGCAGAGUCUCUGCUGUCUGCAUGCAUCCUGUUCAUUAUAAUAUUGUCAUCGCUGGGCUGGAGGAUGGGUCUCUCAGUCUGUGGAAUUUGGAAGAAGAGGAGUGGUACCACAAGCGAGUUGUUGAUAAAGAUAAUAAUGUCGAGUGGGUUCUCAGGUCACCCACUUUUUCCACUGUUGGCACCUUUGAGGAUGAGGGAUGUGCCAGAAUUGUGGCCUUGAAGGUUCUAGAUAAAAUUGAGAGUGAGGAGAGGUCAGGAAAAUUCAGACCCAUUCAGAUCUGCAGUCUCGAUGAGGAUGGGAACUGCACAAUCUGGAGUGUCCUAAGGACCCUAGACAUCUCUUCGUCGAGUCAACCUCUGGGGCAGUCGUACUGGGGGAAAAUAAAACUCGUUAAGAGCCACAAGAUCUCUCUCUCCCUGGAGAAGACGGAGGCUAAUGACUUCAUGACUGCCUUCAGAGAUCUCAGUGUAGAUCCCACUAAUACGAAUAAUUUAUUCAUUGCGAGUAACACGAAUAAAUUAUUGCACGCCACGAGGACUGGGAAGAGAAUGAGGCCCUCAGUUUGUGAUGGGAAUUCCAUAGCAGUUCACUGA